AGACGGAUGGCUUUCUUAACUUGACUUGACCUAAUUGUACUGGAAUGGACAGCCAGGACUGGCCACUGCGAGACCAUGGUUCCUCAGCCAAACUGUACAAUCCAACAGAAUCCGAUAUCCAAGAUCACAGAUCGCAUUCCACUGUUUUCAUUGGUCUGCAUUUGCCAAAACAUGGACAUAGACACAAACGCCGAAAGCACCAUAGAACAAAAGGGGACAGAACUCUAAAUGAACAGGUCAACAAAGAUGAAAUCACCCACCCGGCCCAGCGGGUCCAGUUCUUGUUGGGGGAGGAUGAGGAUGAAGAACACAAGGCCCAUGAUUUGUUCUGUGAGAUGGAGGAACUCUUCUAUAAUGGAGAUCAAAUGGAGUGGAAGGAGUCCGCUAGGUGGAUUAAGUUUGAAGAAGAUGUGGAAGAAGGUGGAGAGAGGUGGUCCAAGCCACAUGUAGCCACCUUGUCCCUCCACUCUCUGUUUGAACUGAGGUGUAACAUCCUCAAUGGAACUGUGAUGUUUGAUGUGGAGGCUUUUGACCUCACUUCUCUAGUAGAACUGGUUAUAGAUAAAGCUGUGGCAGCUAAACAGCUGGAAGAACCUCUAAAAGACAGAGUCAGGGAAAUUCUGCUGCUUCGCCAUCGACAUCAGAAUCAAAAAAGAGGUACAGAAAAUGGAGGGAGCAAACUCCAGCUUCCCAGCAUCAGGUCAUUUGCUGACAUUGGAAAGAAAGGCUCUGUAUCUAAAGCUCUAGGGAAUAUAGGUGAUGAAAGAGAUUUAUCCAUUAAAAAUGAUCAACUACUGUCUGCUAAAAGUACCCCAAAUUUCCAUCACUUUUUGUCCCAGGAGAAACCCAAAACCAGAUUAGAUGCACACCCUACAUAUGCUGGCUCUCUGGCUAGUAGUGCCAGUGCAGCUGACCUACAGCGUGAAAAACAAACAAAGAAUUUGCAUUUUAUGAAGAAGAUUCCCCCAGGCGCAGAGGCUGCCAACAUUCUGGUUGGUGAGGUGGAUUUUCUGACCUACCCAAUAGUGGCCUUUGUCAGGCUUCUCCACCCCUUCUUCAUGCCUGACCUUACAGAGGUGCCAGUCCCCACCAAGUUUGUUUUUAUCAUGCUAGGACCCAUGGGAAAUCAGAGUAAAUACCAUGAGAUAGGAAGAGCUAUUGCCACACUCAUGUCAGAUGAGGUGUUCCAUGACGUGGCGUACCAUGCCAGGAACAGAGAUGACCUGUUGGCUGGGAUUGAUGAGUUUCUGGAUCAAGUCACAGUUCUCCCCCCUGGAGAGUGGGACCCUAGUAUCAGGAUUGAACCCCCUAAAAAAAUCCCCUCACAGGUGAACCGUAAGAACUUUGAUGGCACCACUCCUCUUCCUAAUGGUAAAGCAGUGGAAUUUGAUAUAGAGGAACCAGGACAUGAGGACCCAAGUCUGAGGAGAACAGGAAGGUUGUGUGGAGGUCUGUUUGAUGACAUCAGAAGGAGGCUCCCCUGGUACCUCUCCGACCUCCAAGACUCUUUCCAUGUACAGUGUUUCGCCUCCUUUGUCUUUCUGUACUUUGCCAGUUUGACACCAAUCAUCACAUUUGGAACAUUUUUAGCAGAUGAAACCGAUAAUCAAAUGGGGGCACUGGAGAGUAUAUUUGCUGCAGCUUUGUGUGGAGUUAUAUAUGCUUUGACUGCGGCUCAGCCAUUGGCCAUAUUGGGAUUUACGGGACCUGUGCUGGUGUUUGAAAAAAUUCUCUAUGACCUGUGCAGGCAUAAUGGUUGGAACUAUUUAGAAUUCCGUUUCUGGAUUGGGAUGUGGAUUGCAGCCAUUUUGCUAUUCAUUGUGGUAUUUGACCUAUCUGCACUUGUGCAGUAUGUGACACGCUUUACAGAAGAAGGCUUUGCACUUCUGAUUUCCCUUAUCUUUGUCGUUGAAGCGUUUGAAAAGUUAUUCCAUGUGAUGAAGGAGCAUCCUAUUCAUUUUCCUGAUUUGCCACCAGAAGAGGAAUGUAGCAGUUUCUGUGUUUCUCCGUACUCCCGUAACAACCAGACUUUUAAUACUACAAAUGUAUGGACGAGGAAUUACACAGAGAAUGAUACAGAUGAAUGGUCGAGUAAAAGUCUACGAGACUGUGUUAUAGAUGGAGGAAAUUGGACGUCUUCUCCUGUGGAUGUACACACGCGGGAGCCCGAAGUAUUCUUUAUGUCUGUGAUAUUGUUCGCGGGAACAUUUGCCAUUGCCAUGGCUUUAAAAGGAAUGAAAACAAAGCCACUGUUUCCUAAUAUGGUGAAGCAAUUCCUGAGUGAUUUUUGUGUAAUCAUUGCGAUUGUCAUUAUGGUAGUUGUUGACAUAAUAUUUGCAGUCCACACUCCAAAACUAAGAGUACCAUCAGAAUUCAGGCCUACAGAUGCAAAAAGAUCCUGGAUCGUGGAUCCAGUUGAACACAAUCCAUGGUGGCUGGCCUUUGCUGCCAUAAUUCCUGCUCUGUUGGCCACAAUACUGUUGUUCAUGGACCAACAAAUCACACUUGUCAUUAUCAACAGAAAGGAAAACAAGUUAGUGAAGGGACAUGGAUACCACUUAGACUUGUUUUUGGUGGCUACUCUGGUGGUGGUCUGCUCCAUUCUGGGGUUACCAUGGUACGUCACAGAGACGGUCCUAUCCAUUACACAUGUGAUGUCAUUGAAGAGGGAAUCAGAGUGUUCAGCUCCUGGGGAGAGUCCCAAGUUCUUAGGGGUCUGGGAACAAAGAGGAACUGGGAUAGCCAUCAGUGUCAUGAUUGGAGCAUCGGUACUACUGACAGAAGUUCUCAAAUACAUCCCUAUGCCAGUUUUAUAUGGUGUAUUCCUCUACAUGGGUGUGUCUUCUUUACACGGAAUGCAGAUUGUGAACCGAAUCAGUAUCUGGUUCAUGCCCCAGAAGUACCAGCCAGACUACACCUACCUCCGACAUGUACCAACUAGGAGGGUCCAUCUCUUCACCCUCAUACAAGUCCUCUGUCUCAUCGUGCUCUGGAUCAUCAAAAGCAUCAAGAAAACAUCCAUUGCUUUCCCAAUCAUGGUGCUUGGUAUGUGUUUUAUCCGCAAGGGUUUAGACAGAAUUUUUACUCAGGAAGAAUUAAAAUGGCUGGAUGACAUUAUGCCUGAAGUCAAUAAACGAGCCAAAGAGGAUGAACUAAAACGUCAGGACAAAGAGGAGGCUCAUAGAGGCUCUCAGGUGCUGAACAGUUCUGGUACAGUGCAGGUGCCCUUGAUCAGUGGUAAUGUUAUCAAUAUACCUGUGGAGCGAAUUACAGUUACAACAGAACCAGAUAUUAACAUCUCGGAGGAAAUGUCCAAAUCAACGAUCUGGAAAACAAUAGUAGCCAAUGAGUCGAGCAACAGUCUGACGAAACUAGAGGCCUCCUCCCAGAAAAAGAAACACAAAUACAGAAGGAAUGGAAAGAAAAUGUCUCCUCUGGCUGGAAGUCCCCCUGAUGAGAAGAAGGAGACCUCAGUGAAACAGAAGGAAUCUAAGUCACUAUCUAAAGAUUCUAAGGAUAACAAGCAUUCUCCAUUGUUUUACAUUGCCGAAGAUGAAACAGAUAAGUUACUGGAGCCUAAACACAAGGAUAUGUCUAAUACAAAUGUGUAGGUCAAGGUCAGUGGACGUUAUCUCUUACUUUAUCUCAGAGAGAAACAUCAUAAAUUCUGGAGAGAGUCUAGAUGUUAAAAAAAGUAUAGUGUUAAUAAUACAUGGAUGUAUGUAUAUGAUUCAGAUUAAAUAUCUACUGUUUUAUAUAUAACAAUUGCAAAUAAGUUUAAUGCAAAGGUGAAAUUAAUAGCAUUAAAUAAAUGUAGGAUAAAGGAAUAAUAAGGAAGUUUUAUUCUUAUUGUACUUAUCUCAAGAGAAUAAGACAUAGGUUUCUUGAACAAUAACAUAUUUUGAUACCAAUUUUACGUAGAGAAAAAUCCGUACAAAUAAAUUUGGUUAUUGCUGUACUGUACUUGCCAUUAAUUGCUGACAUUUGACUGUAUGGGAGGCAUACUGUGUAUUUGUAGAGAGAGUACAAGUAUUUCUUUAAUACAGCCUGUAGACUUGAUUUUGUAGUAAGUUUAGUAAUCGGUGUCAGAUGUCCAUGUACUAGGAACUAAUUUUCAUAUAAACACAUAUUAAUCAGUUUCAGCAUGCCUGAGAUUAGAUACAUUAUGAGAUAAAAUUAUGAAUUUUCUUAUUCGAAAUUUAAUGUGAUGUUAAAAGGUCUUAUCAUUUUACUUUCAAAUAAAAUAUGUACAAUGUGUUUACAAUAUUUGAUAUACCUUAAUACAUGUUUAGGAAU